AUGGUAGAAGAUACCCAAGUCUACCACCUAGUCAGGGAUCUCCAUCUGCUUCAAGACCUACGAAAUGGAGAAGCACAAUUCCACUCACUUUUUAAAAAAGUUGUCGAAGACGUCCUACGGUUGGUUGGCUUGAAACAUAAACAUAGAAUCAAGAUAACAAUCUACACGUCCCAAUUCCCUGCCUUGACCUUGACCUGCUAUUGCAAACCUCAAAGGGCGAAUGAAAAACCGAAUAUUCAAGAAUUGGCACAGUAUGAACCACAUUCUCAUGGCUCCUCGUACUUCGAUCACCUACUACAAGCAUUAUCCACAACUUCUAUUGAUAAAGGCCGGCCUAGAUACGUCAAGGAGAGCUACACGGCAAUUGUCGAGGAGCUUUGUCGAUAUAUACAGCUGGCUCUGGAGAUAUACAGCUAUUCCAAGGACCAUUUAGCAGAGUUUCUUGGUCAGUGUUUGAUACACGAGUAUACCACAGCGAAAAACCUUGAUCGAAAGGUGGAACAAACCACAGAUGAGACACAACAGCUUGCCUCUGUGCUAGAUGAGCUACUAAACAAAAGUACGGGAUCAGAUAGUGACUCAAUUUUUGAGUACACUGUCCCUCCAGCGUCUAGGACAGGGCUUUUAAACUUCACAUGUGACGAUGAAGCGUUUAACAAGGCGUACGAAGCAGUCUUACAUCUCACACUUCUCAAAUCAGAGACUUCGGUUUACAGCAGUGUCCCCUCUUUGGUAAGAAUCUUACUACUGAUGCUCGAGAAGCAUCAUGGCAUCGAGUGUAUGGAGAUUGAGUCGUUCGAGAAUAGAGAGAAACAGCUUCAACUAUUUUAUGAAUUCUUUCUCGGCUCAGAGCAAUUGUCUGGAAUCGUACCAAGUCAGUACAUUCAGCAAGCUGAAUCGAUUUUAGAUUCCGUUGAAUUCCCAACUGAUAGUCCAUCGUUAGUCAAAGGCGAUGAGUCCGAUCACGAACUCGCUGGUAUUGCCGAGACUCUGGUCUCUGAGGGAUUUCUGCAGCACGAGUUUGGUGAAAUAUUAUCUAAUUUGAGCACCGUUGUCAACCUCCUCAACGAGUAUGACCCUCAGUUCCAUCCUCAAUUGCCUCAGAUUUUCAAACAAUAUGCCCUUCUUGUGUAUGAGCAGUAUACCGAUUUGGCUUGUUUGGCUGAUUAUAAGUAUGUUGAGGAGUUAACUAAUCUUGUCGGCCAAAUUGCCGAGUAUGAGGCGAACGAGGAUAUGAAUGGCGACCUGGUUCUAUCGAUUAUCGAUCGUCUACAUUACCAACAGGGGUUUUUGACCUCCGAAUAUCAUAAUUCAACAAUACUCAUGCGCUUGGCGAAUAGAAUCUGGUCAUCCUCCUAUGAGAUCACGAAACAAGUGUUUCGUAAGUGGAAUAAUAGAACGAUUUCUGCUAUUCAUCUCGGCUCAAAGCUUUUCCAGAAUUCACUUGAAAGAGAUCUGAAGAUCCUCAAUUCGAGGUUCAAUAUGUGGUAUAAUAAGUUCAUGAGACUGCUGAUGUUGAUAUCGCAAGCGGAGAAUUAUAGUGGCAAAAAGCUUCUUGCGAGGGUACUCAAAGAUCUCUGGAUACCAAAAUUGAUACAUGUGGGUGACUUGGAAUAUCAAUGUCAAAGGUUUGUAAUGAAGAAUAGGCUUUUCGCAUGGAGGGCUCGAACUGAAAGACGCUCUCAGAUGAAUCGCAAGCUGCGAGAGUUCUACGAUCGAAACCUUGCAGGAGCAUGUUUCAAUCAGCUCAAAGAAAAGCAUAAGCAUUACGAAGACAACGUUCGGAAAGCGCUAGCGAUCAACCGCAAAGUCGACAAAAAGUGUGACAAAAUAAUUUUGCAAAACGUUAUUCGAAAGUGGCAUAGACUGUUGGACUCUUCCAACCGCUCCGCAACUCGAAGCAUGGGAAGCACCAAGGACUUUGUUUUGAGUAAAAAAUUGAUCGCCCUUAACAAAAUCGAAACUCGACACACGUCAAGCAAACAUUUUAACAUUUGGCACAAGAAAAUGCGCUUGCUUCAAACGUACUCCAAGUGCUCUCGUGUUAAUUCCAAUAAUACGAAGGCAUUUUUCUUCCAUGGUUGGAGGAGAAGCUUUAUGUUGAAGGGCUUACAAAACGAGUGGGAAGCGAAGCAAGACCGAAAUUUCGCCCGAUCGGCACUCCAAAUUUGGUCGCAACACAAGAACCACAGGGUGCAAGCUUCUGGCUAUCAAAGAAAAAUCCUACUCGGGCGUGUAAUGAAAAACUGGAAAUUGGCUCAUAAGAAGAAGAAUUCUCGUCUUGACCUUCUGUUGGGUACCAUAUACCUUAAAGCUUGGAGAUUGAAGAUGCUAUCGAAAGAUCUCGCUGAUUCUGACUCAAAAAGGAUACUUGAGAGAGCGUUCUCGAAGUGGAAGUCCAUGAAUGUCAUUCACUCUGAGAAUGAGACACAAGCUUCUCACAUUGCCAAAUUGAGUCUUCAAAACGCUACGCUAGCUCUUUGGAAAUCAAGAAUGGACAUGCAUGAGGAGUUAAGGCUUGUUGCCCAGCUCAACUUCGAAAGACAAUACUUCUUGAGAUGGAAAGAAAAAACGUCGGAAGCCAACAAGUGUCUACAAUUAGCUGCCAACUUCCGAGAAAACGGUCUUCUGUUCAAAGAUAGGUACUCGGCGAAGCUCCACAUCAGACUUUGGCAGAAUCGAAUUGUCUCGAGAUUCGAGGCGUAUGCAAAUGAAGCUGUUGAUAACUUCCAUGAAAGGGUAAGACAUAAGCGGACUUUGUCAAUAUUUAUGAAACACUGGCAAAAUGAACGUGCCAAAAUCAGUGCAAGAAGGAAGAAAUUGAAUCUUCUACUUCAGCAGCACAAUACGGCUAGCCCAGCUCUCGCACCAGUACUCAAUCACUGGAAGGACAAGGCUCUGCGCUACCAAGAGCAUCAUGCCAUGAGUCUCGAAUUUCAUGAUGCGGUGCUCCACAAAAAAGUGAUGGUGCUCUGGUAUGAGAAACUCUUGAUAAAGUCUAACUAUCUUGAGGAACUAGCGGACGACUUAUUGAGCCAGAAGAGCUAUGCAACUUCGCUUGAGUAUCUUCAAAAAUGGAACUUAAAGUACAUCAAAACUUACAAGCGAAAUUUGCAGACGUGUACUAUGUUUCAAGAGAAAUGGAAUGCGUCUAAGGCAAGGUCGCUUUUGCAAGUGUGGAGAUUCAAGGCACUUCAUAGGGAGUACACCGAAGAGAAACAGGAGGAUGACUAUGUGGAAGCGGAUACCAGCGUCUUCUUCAGUAGUUUGUCUCCGCUUGCAAAGAAACGAGGAAGCUUUCUCGAGGGACACAGCUACUUACAUACCCCUGUGAAGAAGCAGGACGAGUCCGACAAGAUUGGAUACCAAUAUGAAAAUGACUUCAGACAAAAUUGA